AUGGGCAAAAAGAAGAACCACAGACCCCCGCAACCCAAGGGCGCAAAGGCCACACACAAAAAGUCCGCCCACACACCCGGGAACCUCCGGAAGCCGCCGCCGCCGCCGUCGCAGAAGAAGAAGUCAAAGUCAAAAUCGAACUCUACCAGCACCGCCAGCGGCAACAAGCAGAAAUCGCAGGAGCCGCUGAUCCCGUAUACGCCGAGUUCGCGGAUCCUCCUGGUCGGGGAAGGCGACUUUUCGUUUUCGGUGGCGCUGCUGAAUACGCACCUGCUGCCCAGUAGUGGUAGUAGGAAGCGGGAGGACGUAGACGAAGAUGUGGAUGUGGAUGUGGAUGUGGAUGUGGAUGUGGACGUGGACUACGACGAGGACGCCGAGUAUGCGUAUGAUGCGGGGCCCAGACCAGUGAGUCUCACAGCAACAAGCUACGACACCGAGGCAGCACUGCUAGAGAAGUACCCGCAGUCGGCUGGCAACGUGAAGUUACUACAGGAGAAGGGCGCCACGGUGCUGCACGGGAUCGACGUGACGAAGUUUGCAAAGCUGCCAAAGAGCCUAAGGAAGCGGCAGGGGGCGUUUGAUACUGUGGGGUUCAUGUUUCCGCAUGUGGGCGGGCUGUCGACGGAUGUGGGGAGACAGGUGAAGAGUAAUCAAGAGCUUUUACUGGGCUUUUUCAAGACGGCUGCGGAGCUACUUGUGAAUGAUGGCACGGCGGUGGUCACGCUGUUUGAUGGCGCGCCGUAUGAUCAGUGGGAUAUCAAGUCACUGGCAAAGGCCGCGGGUUUCAGGACGAGACAGUCCUUCAAGUUUGAGAGCGAGUCGUAUCCGGGCUACAAGCAUGCUAGGACUCUGGGUAAUGUCGAGGGCAGCGGCACUGCCUGGAAGGGGGAGGAGCGGAAAGCAAGAACGUAUGUUUUUGAGUUGAUUGAGGACAAAGGUUACACCGGUGAGAAAACAGGCGCAAAUGCUAUAGAGGUAAAGAGGAUAAAGAAGACUACAAAGAGGGAGAGAAGAUUCCAGGACGAAAGUUCUGAUGAGGAGGACGAGAAGAAAUAA